UUGUUUUCCCGGAUUUUACCAAUGUAACCAACUAGUUACCUCCCUUGGAACAUCAAGGUCGUUUCAGAUCAAACUAAACACAUAUUUCACAGGGCCUUUCUACUGAAACUCGGAGUACAGCAUGGCUGUGCCAGUUUUUUAUACACCUCUCACCAAGGCCCAGCUGGGAUUCUUCAGUCACCAGAAAGGACCAUGUUCAGAUUUUGAGAUGGAUUUCUUCCGAUGUGCAAGCAGAGUCGGUCAGACGAAGUCCGUGACAGUCUGUAAGAAGGAGCUAGAUGACUUUGCUGAAUGCGCAAUGAAGAAGAAGGAGUUUGAGCGGUAUGUGAUCAUGCAGAAGGAGAGGAAGAAGCAAGGUCGACCUUAUGCUCCAACACCGGCUCCAGACGUAGCGGGAAUCAUUAACUGAUAUGGAGCUGACUUGUUAGGGUGUUGAAUGUUUGCCUGUUGUAUAGAAUGUAUAAAAUACUGGAAAUAAAUGAAUAUGAGACAUAAA